AUGGAUUGCUUUGCUGAUGAUCGGGAGGCGCUAAACGAUUUCGCGAAGUACUUCAACAACGCCCAUCUCAGUGAUGUGACACUGCUCGUUGGCGAUGAAAUUCUGUGUAUAAAGCAGGUUGCAUAUUUGAAACUUUCAAUCGCGUAUGUUCCAGAGGAUCCAUUUCAGAUAUCUUACGCAAACGAACGUUCCAGGUUUUUUAGGUACUCAGCGCAUCGGAUUAUCCUGACAAAAAGCAGCGAAGUCUUCGAUCGAAUGCUUAGCCAAAAAUGGAAUGGCGAGAAGAAGGAGUUAGAAUUAGUUGAAGAGCCACAAUGUCAACGAGUGUUUGCUGCAUUUCUUCGAUUUCUGUACUGUAAUCAUAUCCUUCUUCAUCCGGACAACGCUCUGCCGAUUCUUGUUUUGGCUGAUAAAUACAACGUCCACAGUCUCAGAAAGGUUUGCAUAGAAUACGCGAUCAACAAUAUUUUACCAGAAUUAUCGUUGAGGGAACUUUUCCAUGUAUGGUAUUCAUACGCGACAAAAGCAUUCCAUCAGGUUAUCGAGGAUUCGUUAAUCUACCUUUAUUACUUUGAUAUUGUUUUGGAUGAUAGUAAAACUAGCACUAGAAUUAGACAUAUCGUAGGUGAAUAUCGAUUGUGGGAAGCCGUACAAAAGUGGUUGAUGGCGCCUUCGCAUCCGGAACGGAGGGGCAAUACUGCAUCGCCACUGCUCGUAUCAAUUUUACCACUUAUCAGGUUUCCAUUCAUGACUGCUGAUGAAUUAACAUUGGUUGAACGUUCGCCAUUUGUUGAGACGCAUCCGAAAUUAUUCCAUCCACAGAUUCUUUUAGCCUAUAAAUUCCAGGCUUUGCCUUUAGCAAGUCGACUGAAUUGCAAAGAAUUCACCGGAACACAGUUCAUUUUGCGCAAUUAUACGGAUGUACGAUGGGAUAGACGAAUCGUUGUUAGAGGUGAAGAUCUUAGAAUUGAGGAUGCUUAUAACAGAACAUUUGAUCAAGCAUUCGGCAUUCAAACUCGUUCGUCGACCUUCCCGCUACAGUCAUGGAAUUGGAAACUGCAGUUAUCAACUCAGUUAGUGCCGAAUUCACAUGAAGAAUUGAGAAUGUAUCUUGUAUCCGAAGACAUAGACCAACCGAGGUCAAUCGAAUAUCUUGUUUCAAUUGUUGAUGAGAAAAAGGUAUUAAAGUCGUUAGCUGGACGCAAAAAUUUCACCAAAACGAGGUACUGUGCGGAUCUUGAAAUAGAGAAGAAAGUAGACCUCAACGAGUUAUACGUUGAAAAUUCGCCGCUUCUCGUCAACGGUGAUCUCCAUUUGCAGAUCACUUUUCGACCAAUUGACUAG